AUGUCUUCUCCUGAAAUUUUGUCACCGGUUUCUGUAUCGCGCGUUAAAAAUGGAAAAUCUCGUGGUUCACACAUCACAUUGCUUAAUUCAUCGCCCUCCUCUCCUCGUAAUACAGACAAAGCUGCUUGUGCAGAGAUUCAAUUGAUGCUAAAAACAAAAUCGAAUGAAUACGUUAUUAUUGAAAAUACAGGCAAACACUCUUCUAAUUGUUGGAACUUAUUUGGAUUUCCUGCUGUCAUCAAUGAUAACGGUGAUGCUGAACGAAUUAGUGGAUAUGUUUCAUGUCGCAAAUGUUUCAUCACAUAUUCAUUCGUAUCGAACAGUACUAGAUUUCUCAAUCAGCACAAUUGUGAAGCUGUAAAAGAAAGAAAUCAAAGAUUAGCAGCAAAUGGGACACCUUCAGCGCAACGACGUUUAACUACGUUUUUUGCAGGACAAUCACCAACUUUAAAAACACCUGAGGUUAUGAAGAUAAAGGAUUUACAAGCAGAGUGGGUUUGUCAAAACAUUCGUCCAUUUUCAAUUGUUGAAGAUCAAGGUCUUCGACGAUUAGUUCAAGAAUGUAUUUCAAUUGGUGCUCGUCAUGGUUAUAUUGAUGUCGAUCAAGUGUUGAGAGGUGCUGAUGUAACUGCUGCACAUGUAUCCAGACUUGCUGAUCAACAUCGUAUUCGUAUCAGUGAAGAACUAAUUGAACCACUUGAGAAUGACGCUGUUACUUUUAUUCCUGAUCUAUGGAGUGAUCCUGUUCACCAAGUUUCUUACCUUGGAGUUUCCACAACAUUUGUUAAUGAUAAAUUUGAAUAUAGAUCAUAUGAUCUUUGUUGCUCUCCAUUUGAAGAAGAAGAUAAAAGUGCAGAAAAUAUUCUAGUGGCUUUACAAAAAGCAUUAGGAAAAUUCAACAUCAAUGAUUUGUCUACUCUUAAAUUUGUAACAGAUCGUGGUUCCAAUUUUGUAAAAGCAAUGAAGAACUAUUCUUCGUACUUCUGCUUUGCACAUAGAUUGAACAACAUUCUGGUGUUAGGCUUCUAUCAGAACGAGUCAAUCAAAAAACAAACAAAAAUAUCUGAUAUUACUGGUGAAAGCAAAACAGACUCAGAUGGUGUUCUUAAUUUCUAUACUUUGGAUGGUGAUAUUGAUAAUGUUCUUCUUGUUAAUAUGUCGAAGACAAAAGUUCAAGAUCUGCCUGAUUGUGUUCGAGAAGUUUUGAAGGUGCUUAACAAUUGUAAAGAUGUUGUGAAAUAUGUCAAAUUGAACGGAUUGAAUAAAGAUAUUCAAUCUGAGGGUGGGUUUAGCUUGUGUCAAUCAAGCAAAAUUCGAUGGCUUUCAAUAAUGCAAUUACUGGGAUCAAUCGAUCGUUCUUUCAAAGAAACUAAAAAAGUUUUACAGGAGAAAAAAAAAUCAUUUUUGAUUGAUCGAUCGGUUAUUAAACGACUCAUCCAGUUGUUACGUCCAUUCAAACAUAUCUUAACCAUUGUUCAAAAAGGAAAUGAACCAUCAUUAUAUUUAGUUCUUAUUUGUGUUAUGACUUUACGUAAAGCCUUAAGUUCGUUCGAAAAUUUGGUCGUUUUCAACAGAGAAAAUGAUAAUUGUAACGAUGUGUUGAAGAAGAGACAAGAUAAUGGUGAUGAUGAAUAUGAUAUAGAAUCGGAGGAACCAGAUGGUAUUCGAUUCUUUCGACUUCGUUUACUUGAGCUGUUGGAAUCAAUGUUUAUCUUAGAACCAAUUCAUUUUGCAGCAACAUUUCUUCAUCCUAGAUAUAGGUAUCUUCGCAAAUGUUCUACUAUUCAAAUUGAUUCUUGUAAAAGUUAUGUACGAAGACAAUUGAAAGAAAUUGUUGAGCGUGAAAAAGUAAAACGUUUAAUACAUAAUCAAGAAUCACAACGUUCAAUUCGACCAGAUGAAAAAGGUGAACCACCUCUCAAGAAGAAAAAAAGAUUUGGUCAAGAAUAUGAAGCUGGUAAUCUGAGUGACGAAUAUGAUGCAGCAGAAGAUGACGAAGUUGAAAAAUACUUAUCAAUGUUCAUAGAUCCUGAGCUACUCGUCGACAAUCCUUUGAUCUUUUGGAAGGCCAAUCAGAACAAUUUGCCAUUAUUAUCCAAAUUGGCAAGAAUGGUUCAUUCUAUUCCUGCGACAACAACUGCUGUGGAACGUGAGUUCAGUGGUGGCGGUCUCGUCAUGAAUGAACGUCGAUCUUCAAUCAAUCCAGACAAUCUCAAUAAUAUACUUUUUGUCAGAUCAGUAACUCGAUGA